CUCCUUCAGAUUUCCAUCAUGCGUGGAAUUUCCACUCUCGUUGCGGCGGUGGGAGUCCUCGCUGCCUGCACAGAGGCAGCAGUAGUGAGGAGGACGACAUCUACUUCGCCGUCUUCAACAACAGUUCAAGCUGUCAAGGCUACAAGCACAGCAAGCAGUGGAUCGAGCUCGGCUUGCGCAGCUGUCAGCGAGACACUUGGAUCAGAUGGUGAUAGCACUACCCCGAUCCUACCUUCAGAUGCACUCGCAUGCCUUCAGUCUGUUCCACUCGACGUCAAGCGAUCGAGUGACUUCAUCGACUUUAUCGAACCAUACAUUCAAUUCCAGAGCACUCUCGCAUACUUGGAGAACCCUCCAAUCGGAUGGACUCUUCCGGGUGUUGAUGUUUUGGGUGGUCUUGCUGAGAUACAGAACAAUGUUGAGAAUGGAACCUACCAAUCCCAAUGGGAUUUCGAGGUGGAUCUCUAUGCCUUGGUCAACAUCUUCCCGCAUGAUUUCCAUUUCAACUUGCCCAUGCCAUUGAUUAGCGUUUUCGAGUUUCAGACUAUUGAAGGCUCGCUUGUCUCGGUCUCCAAGGAUGGUCUAAGUGUGCCAGAUGUCUACUUCAAGUUUGAUCUGGACUGGGAGUACCUCGUUGGCGGUUUGAACUGGACUCCCUCUCCUCUCGUUUCUAUCAACGGUGUUGACAUUGCGGACUAUCUUCAAUACAUCACCCAAACUACAAGCGACUACCAAGAUCCCGAUGCGAUCUACAAUCAAGCCUUUAGCUCUCUUGCCUUCGAUUAUAAUCCCUUUGCAUCACGCGGCUCUGGAAGCGCCUUUGUGAUCGGUGGUCACGCAUAUGGUUUCUCGGACGAUUCUUACACCUACAAAUUCGCAAACGGUACUACUCGAGUAUUCGACAAUAUUGCCACGACUAGCAUUGAUUUUACCGAUAUCGCGACUGGACAAGAUCUCUUCGAUGCCGUUGACUUACCUCCUACGGAACACGCUACAUCGUCAGCAGCGGCCAGUAGCAUUACAGCUGCACCUUCAACGACCGCCGCAGCAUCAACAACCGCCGCAGCUGCUUCCAGCUCACCCACCGUGUCAUCCCUUGCUGGCUACCCAUCUCCAAUUGUCAUCCACCCGGAUGGCUACACCUCCGGCUAUUUCCUCCCAAACAGCACGAUCGCUGUUCUUGCCAUGCAAGGCUUCGUUGACGAGUUUGAGACUGACGAGAAUGCUGCUUUCUUUCAACAACAGACUAUCAAGAUCUUCCUCGCAGCAGCUCGCAAGGCUGGAAUGACUAAGCUUAUCGUCGACCUUCAAAACAAUGGCGGUGGGGAUAUCUUCAACGGUUUUGAUGCUUUCAAGCAACUCUUCCCUACUCUCGAUCCUUUCGGAGCCAGCAGAAUCCGUGCCACUCCCGAAGCCAACUAUUUCGGUACCAUCUUCAGCGCAGCUGGGGUAUACAACACUACCGUAAACACAGUAUACCAAUCCCAAUCGUCUCUCGACGUCAACGACCACGCAUUCAACAGCUGGAGUGCAGAAGACCCUCCAGUCACGAUCUACGGUGACAACUUCACCCAAGAACUCCGCUAUAACUUCUCCGAUAUCGUCACCGAGUCUGGCACCGGUGGUAUCAAUGUCACCGGCUACCUGAGCAAUGCCAACCCUCCUCCACAACUCUUUAGCAGCGAAGACAUGGUUAUCCUUUACGAUGGUUCCUGCGGCUCAACCUGUGCUGUCUUCUCCGAGCUCAUGAAGAGCCAAGGUGGAGUUCGCAGCAUCGCUCUUGGCGGUCGUCCCCAACUCGGCCCCAUGCAAGGUGUAGCCGGUUCCAAAGGCGCACAAGUCUACACCUACGGUAACAUCGCUCAAGUGGCCUCAUUCCUCCCAGAUGCGCUCGACAUCCUCAAGAGUAAAGGAAUCGCAGCUCCUCCCCUCCCACCAGCGGAAUUCAUCAUCGACAUCGAAGACCCAUUCCCACUCGGAGACACACAGAAAUUGGCAGCCGGCGCCCGCUUCAACCUCAGAAACAACAUGCACGAUGGAGAUGCGACCCAGACCCCGCUGCAGUUCGUCUACGAAGCCGCUAACUGCAAGCUCUUCUACACAGCCAAGGAUCAGUACGAGAUUGCGGGGCUUUGGCAGAGAGUUUCUAAUGUCGCUUGGGGAGGUGCGAAGUGUGUUGAGGGAUCAACUGUGACGAGUGAUAAUACUUUCCCCGCGGGCGCCUAUGAUACCGUUCCGUUUGGACAGAGUGCUUAUAGUACGGUUGAGCAACCAUACCAGCCUGGGUUGAUUGCGCAGAAGUCUGAUGUUUAAAAUAAUUUUCCUUUUGGCAUUGGGAGGCUUGGUGCAUAGCGUGGUGUUUUGAGUAAUAAGAGGGGCAUGUUUUACCUUUGCAUUUAGAUGGGGU